AUGGCCCUUGAGCUCCUGGUGAGUCGGAAAGUCAAGGUUCUGUUCGCAGAUCUCGUAAUCAAGGACUUGGAUGGUGAUAUCCUGGCUUCUGCUGGGUUUCGUGGCUCGUCAUGCCGGCUUCUUGCAACAUCAGCCAUAGGACAGCUGCGACAGUUUGUGAAAAAACUGGAUAAAAUCUUGCUCAUCCUGGGGCCGCGUUACGUCUCAAUGCCACUCGACAAAGGCAUCAUUGCGUCGAUUCUUCGUGGAGUAGAGAUACCGAUCAAUGCCUCACGCCAGCAGUUCUAA